UAAACAUUAUCAUUGUUGUUGUCAUGGGCGCAACCAGCAACAGUAGCAACAAAGCCGAUUUACUAUUAUUUUCUCCGCAACUGAAAUGAACAAUUACGAGAUCUUACACCCAAUUGGCAGGGGUGCCUAUGGAAAUGUGUACUUAUAUCGUCGUCUGUCAGACAACAAACAUGUAGUGAUUAAGCAGAUACCCACAGAGUCUAUCACAAAUGCAGAAUGUGAGGUGACAAAGAAUGAGGUGAGAGUGCUGGCAAUGUUUCAGCAUCCAAAUAUCAUUGAAUAUUAUGACAACUAUCUUGACAACAAUACCAUUAUGAUUGUCAUGGAAUACGCACCUGGGGGCAACCUGUAUGACUACCUUCGCUCGAGAGGAGAGGGGAACCUCCUCCCAGAAGAGGAUGUGUUGAACCUCUUCUGUCAAUUGGUGCUUGGAAUGCUGCAUAUUCAUGAGAGAAGCAAAAUUCUUCAUCGAGACAUUAAGUCAAACAACAUUCUGCUGGACCGAUCGCAUCGCAUUGUUAAGAUUGGUGACUUUGGUAUCUCAAAAAUCCUGAGUAGUAAGAGCAAAGCACACACAGUUGUGGGAACCCCAUGUUACCUGAGCCCAGAGCUGUGUCAGGAGAAGCCUUAUAACCAGAAGAGUGAUAUUUGGGCUCUCGGUUGCGUCCUCUAUGAAAUGCUGACUUUGAAGAGAGCUUUUGAAGCUGAAACGAUACCAGCCCUGAUCAUGAAAAUCAUGCGAGGGAUCUUUGCCCCCAUCCAUCCACGCUACAGUGCCGAGAUGCGCUCCUUGGUCCACCUGCUGCUCCACAUGGACCCGGCUCAGCGCCCCAACAUUCACCAAGUGAUCAGCCAGCCCCUCAUCUUCCCCACACUGUUCAAGCUGCAUGCUGACCUGGGGAUGGUGCGAUGUGUGUCCAGACCCCUCCGCCUGUCGUCAGUGGGCACACGUACCCGUUCCUCAAGGGGGAGUGAGGACUCCACUGAUAGAGAAAAAAAUGAGGGUGAGAAGAAGGGUGUAAGCGAGGAAACGAGGAGUGUGGACAAGGAGGUGGUAAAACAACCGGCAGCUUCUUCAUGUGUCUACUGCUGGCCUCCCCAUGGCACACCUUCCAGACUAUCCACCGGGGAGAGCGAAGGGGAGGUGUUGCAGGUGGCAGCAAGCAACACCCACCAUGCGGGGGUGACAAGUGCAGGACAGGUUGUGCUCUGGGCCAGACAGCAUUUGGAAAGUAAAGAUAGGAAAGGGACAAAAGCUGAUAAUCAGGAUUCCCCCCCUUCCCAUGUGGUCCCCCUAACCCCCACGCUGGUGAGAGCCCCUUCUUCGGCAACCAUCGUGCAGGUGGCAUGUGGGGAUGGCUUCAUGGCAUGCGUCACAAACCGCGGCAUCCUCCUGACCUGCGGAAAGGGGUCAUCUGGCAGCCUGGGUCAUGGGAACACCAGCAACGUGGAGCAGUUGAGGAUUGUCGAGUCACUGUUGAGCAUAUCAGUGAAGGAGGUGGCGUGUGGGUCAUCACAUGUGGUUGCCUUGUCUGUUGAUCACCAGGUGUUCUCUUGGGGUUGUGGGGAUAAUGGUCGGUUGGGAAUUGGAUCACGGAAAACCCAGCUGUGGCCACACCAAAUAGAGCUCCCCCAAGUCCCUGACUCCUCGCAGUAUAAGGUCACUGGCAUCGAGGCUGGCGAAGACUGCACGUUCCUUGUAACUACGGAAGGCGUGCUCUUUGCUUCCGGGUCAAAUAGAAGCAAUAAGCUAUGUGUGGAUGAGACAGACCUGGCAGGCUGUGAGACCCUGAAGCAGGUGGAGGAUGUGGCGACGUUUGUGGCUGUGUGCUCGAAGCCUCUUGCCAAUGCUGCUCUUGCCCAAGUCGCUGCGGGGAAACACCACUCCCUCUUUGUUACAGAAUCAGGUGAGGUGUUCACUUCAGGAUCCAAUGCAGGAGGGCAGCUGGGACAUGAAGGAGCCCACAACCCACGUGUACCUCGACGUGUGAUGGAGCCACUGUCUCGCUCACAGGUUGUUAAGGUUGCCUGUGCCAGGGACCUCUCGCUCGCUGUCACAGAAGAUGGCAGAGUGUUCUCCUGGGGAGGGGGAGAAGCAGAAAGUGAGCCAUCCCCCCCAAAGGAAGAAGUCACAGCCUUUGAAGAGCCAAGGAUAAGAACACAAAAUACCUUUAAGAAUUUUGUGCGCCCUUCACUGGUAUCCCUGAAGCAGAGCACAAGAGGGAAGGUGUUGUCAAUUGCGGCAUCCAGGGAGCUUGUCCUUCUCUGUCACAAGUCAUAAAUGCAGCUCCUCAACCACCUUUACCACAUGUCAUAGAAUAGUCAUUCCUGUAACCUAUUGGUGCUAAGAUAAAUGUGUGAUAUGUGUACAAAUAUGUAUAAUUUUUAUUGUAUUUUAUUUUUUGAUUGUUUGAUGGAUGGGAAUCAGACUGAUGGAAGUACAGAAAUUUUAAUUUUCUUUUAGGGAUACUGGUAAGGAUUCUUUGGAAGGAGGAAUAGAAUAGAAGCUAAACCUCUUUUAUGAAGUUAUAGUUGGGGUUACUUGGACUAGCUGAUGCUAAGCUACUUGUUUUUUGAUUUUGGGGAAAUGUUUGAAGUGAUGAAAAGAUGACUAUUGAACCAAAACUCAGAAUGUUAGUACAAUUGAUGCUCAAGAUUUUAAAGCACUCUGGAGCCUCUGGACCAAGAUUGUAUUGUAAUAUUAGAAGAAAGUGGAGUCUAGUUUUGUUUUUUUUAUAAAUGCAGUGUAAUUGUAAAAAAUGAUAAUGAAACACAUUUCCAGUAGUUUAAGGAAGACAGUUGUAUUUUUUAGUUUAUGUAUUUAUAACUUGUGCCAGUUCUGAUUUGUUAUUGUAUUCCACCCAGUUGAUUACAUACUUAUUUUAUAUAGCCACUUACCUGUGAAGAAAGUGCAUUAUGUUGCUCAUAACUCCAAAUAGAGCCUUCUGUCUUAAAUAAAAGUCUUUAUAUUUUGUAUCAUAAAGUCAUAUGGUUUAAAAAACUGUUUUCUAAUGUAAUGUAAACCGAUUAUUUCUUUCCUCAGCAUAAAGAGAUGCAACCUCUUUACUUAUAUGAUUUGAAAAGAAAAUGUUUGUAUAAUGUAUGAGUAAUAUAUAUGAGUGGCUGCACAUAAAUCGGUUGCUGGUUCUCAUGGCAUAAUAUGUGUGAUUUUAUUGAUUCUUUAUGCAACAAAUUGUGUGUUUGUGGAUUACCUGAAUUAUGGAACAAGUAUACCAUAUACAGUAAAGAAAGAAUUUGUUG